AUUCUGUGGUACAUCCCAGAUGCUCUUGCUGCAUGGGCGCAGAAUGAUAUGUUCAAGGCCACCACCGCCAUGGGAGAUCUUUUGAAAAAAAGUAUAGUGCAUCAGAGUGGUUCGGGUUGGAGAACCCAUGAGUUGAACUUUCGGCCGGUCGAUACAAAAGGAUUGUCUCCAGGCUGUAUCAAUAUCGCCCCGUGUUGGUUUCAGCAAGGACAUGAAGUAAGUUCUGAACUCCUGUUGUCUGCCACACUCAAGGGCGAGUGCAGCCUGGAGAUGAUUAUGGAUAUGCAGAGACCCGCCCUGCUCGCCUCCGUUGCCCUCCGAGUCAUGCAUCCUCAACUCUACUGGGCUUCCCUAAGGAUGCACGUUGAGCUCGGCCGUUGGUCACCACAGCAAGGAUUGCACGACAUGCAUCGCCUCUUGAAGCAUUGGGCCUCGGUUUCCACAGGGGCUGCUGUCAUGUGUAACCGUGAUUCUCCUUGUCACCGAGAUCCGAAAUGCCUGCCCGAGGCAUUUGACAUACUGACUUGCAUUGGUAGCUACCGACACGCAAUCAUGUGCUUAACCAAUCUUGGGAUCGAUUUAGUAUAUAACCCAGGGGUCAUGGUGAGCUAUUCAGGUCGUCUGGUGAGACAUGGCAUUCAUGUUAAUGAAGGGGAUCAAAUAGUAUGGGCCUGGUUCUGUGCACAACUACGCCCGCACUCCUCAUCCGGAUUAUGCCAGAUAUAA